CUAGGAUAUUCAACGCAAUUGUCGCAAUAUAGAUCCGAUUUCCAUGCUCUCAGAUUCAGAAACAGCCCAAAUUCUUACAAAUCGAUCAGGUGCCCGAUACAGCUCGCUGUUCUGCUCUCUCAUCACUGUGCGUCCGCUCCAAUCGGUUCGAAAUGGUUGUCCUCGCGGCUUCCAUUAUCAGUAAAUCUGGCAAAGCUCUUGUUUCUAGACAGUUUGUGGACAUGUCUCGCAUAAGGAUUGAGGGGCUUCUUGCAGCUUUUCCCAAGUUGGUUGGAACAGGAAAACAACAUACGUAUGUUGAGACUGAAAAUGUGCGCUAUGUUUACCAGCCAAUAGAUCUUUUGUAUUUAUUACUUGUAACGAAUAAACAAAGCAACAUUCUUGAAGAUUUGGAUACACUGAGGCUUCUUUCCAAACUGGUUCCUGAAUAUUGUGGUUCACUUGAUGAAGAGGGCAUCUGCAAGACAGCUUUUGAGCUGAUUUUUGCCUUCGAUGAAGUCAUCUCCCUCGGGCACAGGGAAAAUGUUACUGGUGCUCAGGUUAAACAGUACUGUGAGAUGGAGAGUCAUGAGGAGAGAUUACAUAAGUUGGUCAUGCAGAGCAAAAUCAAUGAGACCAAGGAUGUCAUGAAGCGGAAAGCUAAUGAGAUUGACAAAAGCAAGAUUGAGAAGAAUAGAGGUGAAAAGGGAGGGUUCAUGUCUUUACAGUCCAUGGGUUCUAUGGGUUCUGGUAGAGGUGAUAGUGGUUUUGGUAGCGAAAUGAGCAUAUCUAGCAGUGGAACUGGUUUUGGAAGUGGUUCUGGGUUUGGAUUAAGCACUGAUCUGGAUUCCUCUUUUAGCAAGUCUAAAGGUCGAGCACCUUCAUCUGCUACUGCUCCUCCGAAAGGUCUUGGUAUGCAGCUUGGUAAAUCACAAAGGGCGAACCAGUUUUUGGAGUCUUUGAAAGCUGAAGGUGAAGUUAUUCUUGAGGAUGUGCGCCCAAGUGCUGGUUCAUCCAGAUCAGCUGCUCCACCACCCACUGAUCCUAUCACAUUGUCUGUUGAAGAGAAACUCAAUGUAACCCUAAAGCGUGAUGGUGGUGUCAGUAGCUUUGAUGUUCGGGGAACCUUGUCUCUUCAAAUUCUUAACCAAGAGGAUGGCUUCAUCCAAGUCCAGAUUGAGACGGGGGGCAAUCCAGGCAUCCUCUUCUUGCCUCAUCCUAACAUCAAUAAAGAGUUGUUCUCUAAUGAAAAUAUCUUGGGCCUCAAAGAUCCCAACAGGCCGUUUCCCACUGGUCAAGCUGGGGAUGGAGUUGGCCUGUUGAGGUGGAGAAUGCAAAGUGUGGAUGAAUCGGUUGUGCCAUUGACGAUAAACUGCUGGCCCUCUGUAUCUGGAAACGAGACUUAUGUCAGUAUUGAGUAUGAAGCUUCGGCAACGUUUGAUUUGCAGAAUGUUGUGAUUUCAGUACCUCUGCCAGCUCUUAGAGAGGCGCCGAAUGUAAGGCAGGUUGAUGGUGAAUGGAGAUAUGACUCGAGGAAUUCUAUUUUGGAGUGGUCCAUACUUCUCAUUGAUAACUCGAACCGCAGUGGAUCUAUGGAAUUUGUUGUCCCUCCUGCAGAUUCAUCAGUAUUUUUCCCGAUUUCAGUGCGUUUUACGGCUGCAAAUACGUUUAGUGACCUUAAGGUCAUGACUGUCUUGCCCCUGAAAGGUGGACCGUCUCCAAAGUUCGCUCAGAGGACAAUCCUAUCCACGGAGAACUACCAAGUGGCGUGACCUAUGUCUCAUAAUAUGCCAGCAAAUGGGUCAUUAACCCUUAUACGUUCUUCCUCCUAUGCCCUCGACUAAGACAGCUAUUUGCCGUGAUUCUUACUCAAAUUUUGGGAUGAGUUGAUACUAGACAUGGUUGUUUUUCCAUUCGCUUGGUGCCGAUUUUUCGUUUCUGGUUCUUAUAGGUCGAUAUUUGAUGAUAUAUGUCAUAUUUUGGGAAGCUUUUGUUGUGACUUUAUUUGAGUUGCUCCUUGGCAUUAGAGAAGUAAUAAACUACUACAUGAUUGUUAGAUCUGAAAUCAUCUAUGGCAGUUGCUCAUUUCUGCGACA